CACCAUUAGUUGCUUAUUAAAGUGAUACCGAAAGUAGACAGUAAUAUGUAUUAUUAGUACUUAGUGAUAAUGUCCGUGUCUAUUUUUAGAAAUGUUACAUACCCCGAGUCAUAACAGAACACGUUGCCUAUUUUUCGUUAUAGUAGGUUAUUGAUUCAAAACGAUUGGUCCAUUUUAAAAAAAAUGACUCAUAUACACAGUUUAAAGGUAAAUAUGCAAACAAAUGAAUUUAAUAACGGUGUGCGACUUAAAAAGAACGUAUCGAAUAUUAUAUGUGUUAAUAUUUUAGUUAUUUUAAAGUAAUAAUAACUGACAAUGACAACUGCAGUAAAAUACGAUGCGAGCUACCUAAACAAUGAUCUGUUGUUCAAGAUGUUGAUAAUUGGCGAUUCCGGCGUCGGGAAAUCAUGUCUGUUGUUAAGAUAUGCUGACGAUGAAUUUUCGGAGUGCUACAUUAGUACAAUUGGUGUCGAUUUUAAAAUCAAAACAGUCGAAAUGGACGAAAAAGUUAUAAAAUUGAACAUGUGGGAUACAGCUGGACAAGAGAGAUUUAAAACAAUAACUUCAACGUUUUACAGAGGGGCGCAUGGUGUCAUCCUUGUGUAUGAUGUAACCGACAUGGAAUCUUUUCAAAAUAUUCGGAACUGGUUAAAUGAAAUUGACAAAUUUGGUGGAAGUCAUGUUGCCAAAAUGCUUGUCGGAAAUAAAUCGGACUUGAAACACAAGCGAGAGGUUACUUAUGAAAUGGCACAGGAAUUUGCAAAUGAAAUGGGCAUUCCAUAUUUGGAAACAAGUGCAAAAACUGCAACAAACGUUGAACAAACUUUUAUGACAAUGACUGCAGAAAUGAAGAAAGUCUUUGACACUGGUGCUUUCAAAAAUCAUACAAGACCAAUAAAAAUAACGGAAGGACGUCGCGUGGGCAACAGACCAGGGUUGCUAGGCAACAUGUGUGUUUGUUGAGACAACAUUUGCUGUUCAAGUAUAUUCUUAGCAUUAUUUUUUAUCUGCUGUCCAGGUCCUAAAAGGAUGUGAAAUUACAGUAGAUUUCACAAUAGUGAAACUUUAUAAACAAUGCAUUGUUUUUAAAUACAAACGUAUCCAAUUAUUUGGGGCAUAUACAGUAAGAGCUAUGACAAUUCAAACAUCUAUCAUUCAUUCUUAUUGGUGAAAAAGCAUACAGCAAGUAAGAACUUUUUAUUUUUUAUGGAAAGAGCCUUUGUAACAAAAAUGUGUAGAAAGUUCUCCUGGCAAUUGCAAGUCGUUUACCAAUGUAAACUCUGAACCUGAUAGGUGUAUGCUUUCAUGGACAGGCUCAAUCAACUCGAGUCUGCAACAUUGUUAAUUUUGCCUAUUUUGACGUUCUUUAGGAUUCUGUUUUUCUCUCUAUUGGGUAGUCUUCAAGAAAGGCACGCCUUUCAGUUAAAGUAACUGUGUAUUUUAAAGCAUGCAUUCGGAUGAGCCAAAAUAUUUCAAGAAAAUCAAACGUGAGAACGAAUUUUAAGAAAAGUAAAAAGAUUCAAGAUUCAAGAAAUAAUUUAUUUGUUAUGUGCGAUUAAUGACUGAUUUUCCAUAUUUAUUUUGCGUGACUAACGCAGUAAAGGCUACUGAUUUUCCAUAUUUAUAUUGCGUGACUAACGCAGUAAAAGCUAUUUUACUAUAGUUUUACCUCAUUUUGGCAGUUUUCGUGGAAUGCAACAUGUAUAUUACUCCUUUGUUCACUCCACAAUGUUUUACUAUUCAGUACCUUACCAAAGUUUUUAUGGAAAUUAGCGUGAUUCUCGAAGAAUGCUGCUUUCAACUCAAAGGCUGUCAGAUUUAAAUAGUAAAGUAUCAAACCCAUAUUGCAAUUCGGUAGCAUAUUGUUCUUUGAAAGCAAUGACGGUUUUAAAACAAACGUUUAAAACGCUUUAAAACUCGAGGAAGCUUUUAGAACAGUAUUUCAGCGUAUGCAGUAUAAUGUAAGGCUUAUUCAUGUAUAUUCAUUGGAAUAUGUGCAUUAUGUGCGAUUAAUGACUGAUUUUGCAGUAUUUAUCACCCUAUUUAUAUUGCGUGACUAACGCAGUAAAGGCUAUUUUAGCAUAAUGUUACCUCUUUUUUGUAGUUUUCGUGGAAUGCAGCAUGUAUAUAACUUUCUUUGAACAUUUCGCAAUGUUUUACUUUUCAAUACCUUACCAAAAUUUUCAUGAAAAUGUGCAUGAUUCUGGAAGCAUGCUGCUUUUAACUCAAAGGUUGUCAAAAUGCAUAUCUCAGAUUUAAAUAGGAAUGUACCAAACCCGCCCAGGCAUUGUAUAUCGCAAUUCGGUGGCAUAUUGUUCUCUGGAAGCCGAAAUGACGGUUUUAAAACAAACGUUAAAAACGCUUUUAAAACUCGAGAAAGCUUUUAGAACGGUAUUUCAGCGUAUGCAGUAUAAUAUAAGGCUUAGCUAUUUAUUCAUGUAUGAAAAAAGACAUUUAUAUAAAAAAAAACCUUAUCAAAUGGUGAGAAUACGUGAUUUUCGGGAAUAUGGUUUUACUGCUUGGUUGUAGUGUAAAAUAUGAUCUAAAUAUUUUGAUAGCAAGUGUCUUAAUAUUGAUUUUGUUUCCUGUUAAAAUGUGCAAUAUUACUUGUUUUUGUGUAUACAUUCAUAUAAAUAUUUCUGUUUAAAAGCUACAUUGUUAUAAUCUUUGUAUUAUGAAUUUUUAUUCAAUGUUGGUGUAUUAAUAUUUUGCUGAUUCUGUUACAUAAUAAAAUGAUUAUCCUGAAAAGGCCCAUUGUGCCUUAGAAAUACUGUCUUUU